AGAUUUUUAAACGCCUCCUACUCAUCGCCAUCAAAAUCCCAGCUUUAACAAACAUCUUAGCAAAAAUACUGUCGGUGUCCCCUCUCCUACUCUCCCGCACUCGCUGCCCACCCCCUAGCUUUCACUUCGCCUACCUCAGACUUCACAAAUGUCUCUCGUGCCGAAGAAGAGCAUCGACGAUGUCAGAGUGAAGGGCAAGAAGGUCCUCAUCCGCGUGGACUUCAACGUGCCCGUGAAGAACGGCGAGAUCACGAACGACUUCCGCAUCCGCUCCGCCCUGCCGACGAUCCAGAAGGUGCUGAAGGAGGGCGGCUCCUGCAUUUUGAUGAGCCACCUCGGCCGCCCGAAGGGUGCGAAGAUGAGCGACCCGAAGCCGGCGAAGGGCGUGCGCGGGUACGAGGAGGCCGCGACGCUGCGCCCGGUGGCGGCGCGGCUGUCGGAGCUGCUGGGCAAGCAGGUGGAGUUUGCGCCGGACUGCCUGGACGCUGCGUCGUACGCUGCGAAGCUGAAGGCCGGCGACGUGCUGCUGCUGGAGAACGUGCGCUUCUACGUGGAGGAGGGCAGCAAGAAGACGGAGGAGCGCGACGCGAUGGCGAAGGUGCUGGCGUCGUACGGCGACGUCUACGUGAGCGACGCUUUCGGCACGGCGCACCGCGACAGUGCGACGAUGACGGGCAUCCCGAAGGUGCUGGGUGCGGGCUACGCCGGCUACCUGAUGGCGAAGGAGAUCGACUACUUCGAGAAGGUGCUGAACAACCCGCCGCGUCCGCUGGUGGCCAUCGUUGGCGGCGCGAAGGUUAGCGACAAGAUCCAGCUGCUGGACAACAUGCUGGGCCGCAUCAACUACCUUAUCAUCGGCGGCGCCAUGGCGUACACGUUCCAGAAGGCGCAGGGCCACGCAAUUGGCAUCUCGAUGUGCGAGCAGGACAAGCUGGACCUCGCCAAGUCGCUGCUGAAGAAGGCGCAGGAGCGCAACGUGGAGGUGUUCCUGCCGGUGGACCACGUGUGCAACAAGGAGUUCAAGGCGGUGGACUCGCCGCUGGUGACGAAGGACGUGAGCAUCCCGGAGGGCUACAUGGCGCUGGACAUCGGGCCGAAGACGACCAAGAUCUACCAGGACGUGAUUGCGAAGUGCAAGAGCGCGAUCUGGAACGGCCCGAUGGGCGUGUUCGAGAUGGCGUGCUACUCGAAGGGCACGUUUGCCGUGGCGAAGUCGAUGGGCGAGGGCACGCAGAAGCACGGGCUCAUGAGCAUCAUCGGCGGCGGCGACAGCGCGAGCGCUGCGGAGCUGAGCGGGGAGGCGAAGAACAUGUCGCACGUAUCGACCGGCGGCGGUGCGUCGUUGGAGCUGCUGGAGGGGAAGUCGCUGCCCGGCGUCACCGUCCUCACCGACAAGGCGGCCGCAGCCGGUGCUGCUGCGACACGCAGUGAUGCCUGCAAGUGCGGUACCGACUGCCACUGCGCUGACGACAGCGGCGCUCCCGCCAAAUUCGACUGCACCUGCAUCGUGAUGCAAAUCCUGAAGCUACUCGCUGCUGUGCUCAUCGGCAUCGUCAUUGGCCGCCGUAUGGCUCCCAAGUUGCUGAAGUAA